CAGCCGUAAAGAAAGGAAGUAUAAUGUUAGAUGUAUCACUCUAUACCCAGCCGGGCGGGUCAGGGUGGAACUCCAGCUGGUUUCCGAACAAAUUCAUCGUUGUCUGCUAGAAUAUUUUUACGCCACGUAGCGUAGGUACGCCAGAAUCCUCUGGAAUAUCUGUCAUUAUGAUGGCGAAAAUGCGGAGUUCUUGUAUCUAUUUACAGCUCUUCUGCUGUAUUUUGCUGGGAUUAUUCACGAGGAUUACGUGGGUGUUAGCGGCGACAUCAUCGCCGGAAGUUGAAGCCGAAAUAAAGAUGAAGAAACCGACUGUUUUCAUUCCGAUAUUAGCUCGGAACAAGGCACAUACCUUGCCCCAUUUCUUCGGGUACCUGGAACGACUCAACUACCCAAAAGAUCGCAUUCACUUGUGGAUCCGUGCUGAUCACAGUGUAGACAACACCAUCCCUAUGUUGAAGGAAUGGAUUCAGAAAGUUUCCCAUCUCUACCACACUGUUGAUUAUGCCUUUGAGGAGAACCCUAAGGUUUAUGCCUUAGAGAAAGGCCCUCAUGAUUGGCCUGCAGCAAGGUUUAAUCAUCUGAUCACUCUCAGAGAUGAUGCUCUCCAAGAAGCUCGUAAUGUGUGGGCUGAUUACUUCUAUACCAUGGAUGUUGACAACUUUGUUUGGGACCAGGACAUCUUGGCUACUUUGAUGAGUGAGAAUAAAACCAUCAUCGCACCCAUGCUUCAGUCUACAACAUACUAUUCUAACUUCUGGGGUGGAGUCACAUCAAAAGGAUUUUACAAGCGUACCAAGGAGUAUGUGAAGAUUGUCAAGCGUAACGUGACAGGAUGUUUUAAGGUUCCAAUGGUUCAUUCUACCUACCUGAUCAAUCUCAAUCAUGAUGCUACAGACCAACUUACCUAUAGACCCCUCAGAGAUUUCCUUCAAGAUCUUGAUGACAUGCUUACAUUCGCUCAUUCAGCAAGGAAAGCAGGUAAGAAACCAAUCAUGUUAUAUUUUAUAUGGGACCAGAGAUGUAUUUCUCUGUAAAUAAGCCAAUCAGAUUCCUUGUUACAGACCCCACAGAGAUUUUCCUCAAGAUCUUGAUGACAUGCUUACAUUCGCUCAUUCAGCAAGGAAAGCAGGUUAAAUAUUACAGAGGACCACAGAUUAAUUUCUUGAGUAUUAGCCAAUCGGAUUCCUUGUUGAGACCUGUAAUUUGCUCAUUCUACACAAAAGCAAGUACCAUUAUGAUUUAAACCAAUCAGAUUACAUGGUAUUUAGAAUAUCAUAUGUUUCUUAUAGUCCCAUCCAAUCAGAUUUUAUUUUACUGGUAUACAUGUAUCUCUCAUUGCCCAUUUGACAGACAAAGCAGGUAAGAUCAGUUGAUAGGUAGUAAAUUUAAUUUUGGGGUGAAAUGUUGCCAAUUCAUAUCACCAGAAUUUCCACUUGGUAUAUUCCAAUUGCUGCAUACAAGUAAAUUGAACACCAAGAUGGUAAUUAUGCUAGGUUGGUACAAAAUAAGAUAAUUCUGAAUGCUUACAUAUCGGUCUAUGCAGUAGUUCUAGCUUGAAGUAUUACAAAAGACCAUACCAGAAGAGAUCCACUUCUAGGCCAUUUACCACAUAAAUGAUCAAGAUACUUCUACACCAUAUAAAUGUAGAUGUAAAUCAGUCUGAAAAAGAAUAAGACCUACUGAUGACUUGAACCGCAAUUCCAUCACUUUGAAUGUAUACCGUAAUUGGCAUUGUUUCAAAGUCACAUAAUUCAGAAGGUGUGAUAGCAAGUUCACUAACCAGUAGAUUUAGUCAGUUAAUGUUUCCAAAUACCCUGGAAAUAUACCCUGUAGAAGUACAUACAUCAUGUAAAACACUCAGGUUAAUAACACAUGGACAAUUGGACUUGACAGAACCAGGGGAUGUUCACAUGGCAGUUAAUUUACUUUCAUUCAAUGCAGGUAAGCUUCAGAUGAUAAGGGAAGUCAUUUUCACACAAGAAUCUGUGUUUAACAUUAAUUGAAAUUCACAGGACAGUCUGUUAUUUUAAACUUGAUCUCAUGGUGGUAUAGUAAGGGCCAAAGACUGCAGAAUUUGUGUUACAAUUUCCAUUCCAAUAAAAUCUAAACUUGAAAUUGUGAGUUUGUAACAGUCAUGACUGCUGCUAGUGACUUGAAACAUACAGUUCUGGGCCCUGUUGCAUAAAAGUUACCAUUACUGUAACUUUGCAAUCCAAUGGUGACUUGCAUUAAAUCCUUUAUUUUGAUUGGCUGUUGAUCAGCGUUUCCAUCGUAGUUACCAUUGGAUUGCAAAGUUACCAUAAUAGAAUUUUUUAUGCAACGUGGCCCAGUAUUGAUAUCUCCAUGCUUGAAGAAACUUUACUAAACUGCUAUAGUCUUGUGUGAACUACUUUAGUGUUUGUGGAUUGACAUUUGAACUUAAAAAUUACCACAUUUUCACGUGAACAUAGCCAUAGAUACAUGUAGCUUCUAGCUGCUAUCCUGGAGAGCAUAUGGAAGUUGGCUUUGACCUUUUGUGACCUUGACCGUUCCUGUGGAGUUGAGAAAGUGGUAUUUGGAGAAAGCAAAAUGGCAGUUUCACUCUAGAGAUAUGUGCUUUCAGACUGACUCGAUCACCCAAAAACCAAUAAAUUUACAAGAAGUUGGUCAGACCUUCAAACAUCUGAUAAUUAAUUUUCACAUUCAUACCUAUCCAAACCAGGCCCUUUCUGGCUAUUAAAGGAGAAAUUCACCCUGACAAAAUGUUUAUGGUCAUGAUAGC